CAGUCCCACGGGUAUUCCCGGAAAAUUACCAACGGUUGCUUGUUUUUUUUCUCUGUCUGUUACUGUGUCACUCCCAGGCCGAUGACCCCGCCGUGAGCUGUUCUUUUUGAAGUAUUAAUUAAUUAAUUGUCCCCUUUUUACUGCUCCUCGGGGCCUUCCGUUCAAACCCAACAGCUUCUCCUCUUGAUUUUUUUUUACAAAACUAAACGAGGUGAUUGGAGAAUUGUGUCAAACUGCGCUGAAACGUACUCCGCAAUACUUCCUGUCCGCGGUCAAAAAGAAGACUCUGUUAAGAUGGGUCCAGAGGCUGAAGAACAAAUGACUCGUUCAGAGGUGAAGAAUGACUAUGUUGAAGAAUCAUCCAGAAAUAAUUCAUUAGACAUAAUUGAGAAGCUUGGUUUCCUCCAAUCAAUGAGUACAGAUGAAAAGAUUAAGCAAUUCCAAAUGUUUCUCACAACUGCCCUGAUUAAUGAUCUGGUACACCAGCUGAGUGAAGUGCAGUAUCUGUUACUAUUACACUAUUUUGUUAUGGCUCUUUGUUCUAGAGGCCAAGCACAGGAUCUAUCUGAAGCUGAAAAACAUAUUAUGGCAAUUAGGAAAAUGACGAAGGAGACCCCAGAAUGUCAAAGUUUUCUGUAUGUCGCAUAUCACAUGUUAGGCUGCUUAUACUUCAAGCAAAAUAGAUUUGACGAGGCUAUGAAAUGGUUUCAAAACUCAAAGCAAGAACUUGAAGAUAACCCACCAACAAUAGAAUGGGCUGAUUUGGUGCUAAAAUCAGAAGAAAUUGAACCAAAACAUUUUCCAAUCAAAAUAAAUGAAUAUAUCGAAAUGUGUAAAUGUGCUCCUAAGCCUGUAGCCACCUGCCAAGAUUCAAAUUGUCAGGGAUAUUACAAAAGGGAAAUCUAUCCAACUGAUCCGGAUUACAAGGGCUAUGUAGAACUUUCCUGUGAUUCUUAUUGCUUGACAUCAUAUCACCUUACUUGCUGGAAAGGGUUAAAGGAUUCUCUGUAUCAUGGGAAAUCUAAUCAGGAUUUCUGUUCAAUGAAAUGUCUGAACAGUGAUUGUAAAGGUCUGAUCAUAAAAUGUGUAAUUCACAAUGCUUCAGGAAUUGCACAGACUGAGUUUGAAAUAAAAAAUUCAGAUCUGUCAUCACGAAUUUCAACUAUAAAACGUGAACAAAAGGCUGUAAAUACCCUGGAAGGAUUGAGUAAACGUAAUGAGCAGAAUGAGUGUGAGAAAGAAAGGAAAGAAAAAGAAACCGAUCUGCUGACAGAUAAAUGUCGCUUGUACCGUGAAAUCAUUCUGAAAAGAAAGCUGAUUGAAAAUGCAAUUGUUGAAACUGGAAAAGUAACUGAACUAAUAAUCAAUUGGGAUUUGAAAAAAGUUUUUAUGGAGAAAAGCAGUGAAAUUACUGCAGAAAUGAUUCUAAACCAUGUUUUAAGGUGGAACUGCAAUUUUAAAAUCAGACAAUUUUUAAUGAUGCUUAAAGAUGAGGAUCUUUCUAAUCACCCUGAACUAAAGAAAUGGAUAACUUACAUUUUGGAACUGGGUGAUCAGUGUAGUCUGUGCUUCCUGUAUAGCUACAAAAAAGUUAUAAUUCCAAUCCUUUGUGAUAUGGAAAAUCUCCUGAACUUUGCUCAAAAGCUACUAUCAAGAAAAGCUCUAAGUAAAGAAGAAGUAAAGGUGCUAGCAUUAACCCCAUCUGAACAAAGGCCAGAUGUUCUGAUGGAACAAGUGACUAGUCACAAAGAUGUCUGGCAGAUGGGAGAGCUCGUGUUUGCCCUGGCUGAAGAACAAGAUCGGCUACCCAAACUGAAGCCUUUGUUUGAUGAGUUUAACCGAGAGUUUGAGAAAUUCAACAAAGGCCAUGUCCCUAAUUUUGGAACUAUAUUGCCUGCGGAUCCUCUUUCCCAGAAUAUGGAUUAUUCUUUAUUUUACCGUCUCCUUCAUCUACUUAUAAUAAAGGGAACUGAGGUCCUUUUGCGGAUAUUUGAUCGAGCUGUACCACCUCAGAUACUGAAAAGGGAAUUACUGAAAAAUAAACGCAUCCUAGAGCCUUAUCACAAGGGUUCAUCUCGAUCUGCACUUAACUCCGGUGAAUGGAGCUUGCUUUACCCACCUAACAAUGAACAGCCCAACUCCAAGAAAUUUGAUAUCACGUUACUGGCAUCACUUAUUAGACACUUAAAGAUCCUUCCUGCACCACGCGGUGGAUGGGAUGCUGAGCCAUUGCCAAAUGAUCAGAGCAAAAGUGCUGCUGUAUUGCGCCUUUCUAACUUGCGAAACCAGCUCCUUUUUGAAACUCUGAACACUGGAAUCGAGGAACCUGAAUUUACCAUUGAAUGGGACAAAAUCACAGAAGUCCUCGUGAGCCUAGGAGCAGAUUGCAAAUUGUUAAAGCAACUUAAAAACUGUCCUGUUGAAAAUCUCUGGGAGGAUCACCAUCAACUGGCCAGUUAUCUGGGCAAACCUGUAGCAGAUGUCAUGCAGAUGCUGUUGUCACUUUUCCAACCAGAGACAUCAGUACAGACAAAAAAAGAAAUAUCAACAAACACAACUGGCCUUCCUGCACUUACUGCUCCACAAGAGACAAAACAGCAAACAAUGGAGCCAACUGACUUGAAGUGUGAUGAUGACUCACUGGUACUCAAAGCCAAGUCUAAGAAGAAAAAGAAGAAGUCUAGAAGUAAAAAGGCUCAAACAAAUGAGGAUAGUCGUAAUAUAACUCUGGAUGGAGUACCACACCAAUGUGAGACCCUAUCAAUUCCUGUGCAAGAGAACCAGCUGGAUGAUAGCAGAAGCAACAAGCAAGUGGCAGAUUCCAGCUGUGAUGUUUCUACAUUUAGUGCUGGCGUAGCUGCCUCAUCGCGACUUGUAUUGGGUACUGUGCACAACAACAAUAAUGCUGGUCCCUUUCUAACCAGUCAUGAAGUCAACAAACUUGACGACUUACCUGAUCAAACUUACGAAAGCGAUGGAGAGCUGGAUGAAACUGACAAUACACUCAUUGAUGAGGAGUCCACUGGUUCCUCAGUAUGUACCUCAUCAGAUUUAUGUUCAUCCUCAUCAGUUGGUGAUGGAACCAUUAACGUACAAGAGCACCUAUGGCAAAAUGUGAAAGAGAAAUCGGAAAUGAGGCAAAAGUUACUUGCCUUACAAAAUGAAAACCAAGCUCUUUUGAGGAAUUUAGACCAAUUAAUAACCAAGCUCCAGGAAGAGCAGCAACAAAGGACCCAUGCAGAAAACCAGCAUUCAAGACUUCAAGAACAUUAUCAGCUAGAAAUAUCUAGAGUGAACCAGCAACUUCAGAGCAAGGAUGAAGAAAUAAAGAAAAUUGCAGCUCAAUUUGCAAAUGAACGGUUAUUGUGGAAUAAAGACAAAGCAAAACUAGAAGAUGUAACUGCAAAAAACAUUGCAAAGUUGGUAGAGGCAACAAAGCGAGCAAUAGCUGCUGAGAUUUUGUUCUUGGAGUGCCGUAGGGAUAAUGGCCUAUUCCAGUUGCAACAGGCUGAACAAGACUGUUCAGUUCGGCUAAGGACAGCAGAAGAAAAUCUGACAGAGAAUCCUGAGUCUGCUCACUUACGUGCGACAUUUGAUGGUUGGCAAGCAAUUGUAGCUGAUAUAAGAAACAAAAUUGAUUUUACAAAGAAUCAAUUUGAUGAACAGAUAAACUUGGUGAAGAGUGGGACGAAACUGAACAUACUUCCAAAGAUUAAAAUCCCACCACCACCUCCACACCCUGAUGCAGUUAUGAAGCAUUUUCUGGAGCAGCAUUUGCAAGCAAAAGCAAAUGAUGCACUAACAGGAUUUGGACUGUCAAAGUCUUUGAAUGGAAGGUUGACAAAUGUCCCCGGACAGGCUGAAACUUCAGCAGCUGUACAUGAACAGGUUCGAGGGACUAUCCCACUAUCUGAACAAGUCACAUCCCAGCAAUCCCUGCUCACUGCAGGACUGAUGGCAACACCGGGAGGAAUCCGUGGUAAGAACAGCUUUGAGAGAAUAAUGGAGAGGCUUUCAACAUCCUAUCCCCAUUUUACCAGGGGGUCAUUAACCGAUUUCUUGAAAGAAGUAAGGCUGUCCAAUGGUGGAUCCCUUUCAGGAUUAUCCUAUGAUGAAAUUGUCAAUAAAGUAGCACAUUUGGUUGAAUCAAAACUCUGUGAGAGCAGCAGCAGUGGUCAAAAUAAGCCCUCUAAUCAAUUUGCUUGGUGUUCAUCUAGGCAGCAGGGAUUUAACUCAUGGGAAGGAGCCAGGGCGAUGACUGAGGAACAAGACCCUUGUGUGAUCUGUCAUGAAGAACUUGCUGUAGAGUCCAUGCUGGUUUUACCAUGUGCCCACAAGUUCCACUCCCAGUGCAUCGAAUCAUGGCUGAAUGAACAGAGAACUUGUCCAACUUGCAGACUUCACGUUGUGCUACCCCAAGAAUUCCCAGAUCUUCCCAGCAGAAAAAUUCCUCCAUUGUGGACAGCUCAGAAACAUGAAUAAAUAAAAUUUAACUAAAAACUUUGGAUUGUU